AUGUCCAGUCAAAGUAACGGACGCUUUGUGUCUUUACCAGACAGCGAAAAUGAUUCAAAGGUAAAGAAUAUCGUUGUGCUAAUAACACGUCUUUGAUCCAGUCUUGCUUUGUUUAUAGAUGUAGUUUGUUGAGUGGUGUUGAUUUAAUUUCUGUGGUGACUCAUCAUUAUUUUAUUUCUAGGUCAUAACAAAGGAAGAUGUUAGUCUUUCAAGACUGACAAAGCCGUCACCUCUACAAAAAAGACUAGGUUAGCCGGGCAUUUUCAUAAAUUAAGACUUAAGCUUAACUUUUAAUUUCGAUUCGUAUUUAGAAUGAUCCUUUUUGGGGAGUGUUGCAAUAGAUUAAAACUUUUAUCUAUCUUAGGUCAUCCACCCUGUUUAAAUCCUAAUCUACGUCUUCUUUAUUUGGCUUUAACAAAACCAAAAUAAGAAAAUUUUGGUGAGAACAAAAUUUCUUUUUAUUAUUUGAGCUUAUCAAAGCUCACUUAAGUGCUUCAUGUCGAUUGAUGAUGAAUUAUUUAAGGUUACAUACAGUUGUUUUAUGUAUACUGGAGUCAUAUAUUUUCAUGAAGCCAUCAUUUGUAUCGUAUUAUAAAAUAACUUUUUUGCAAACGUUUCCCUGCUGUUAUUGAAACAAUUCUUGGGGCAAUAUUAAUUUUAUAUCUUAUUAUCUUUAAGAUGGCUUCUCAAAUCUAGCUGAUGAGUUUUAAUCAGCCAAUAUUAAAGCUCACUUGGGUAUUAUGCAGAGUGCUGAAUGGCCACAGAACACCACACAACUCUGAAGUUUAGUGAUUAAGGUUAGAAAACUGGGUGAAUCAAUUUCCAGUGAGGGUUAUUAUAUAUUGGGCAAACUAAACUGGAACUUGACUCACUCAGUUUUCUAACCCGAUAAUUGCUGAACUUUAGUUAUUCACUGUGCAGAUUUAUUAAGCCUUAUAAGCAUUGGGACGGAAGGGGAGGUGAUCAUUCAGUAGUACGGUCACAUUAAUUCACAUUAAAUCUAAAAGAUGAUGAGAAUUUCAAGAUAUUCUUUGAGAAGCCAUGAUCCUCUUGAAAUAAACUGUUCAUUUUGCCAACAAGUUUUUGACAGUCAAAUGGCUUUUGUUACUUUUAGGGGACUGUCGCUCUAUAGAGGAAAUAAGCAAAAACAUUUCAGCAAAUAAUAUUUACCUGUGAUGUUUCAAAGAAUUUGGAUGUCAUUUUUCAACCCAAAAUUUGCAUUGUUGCCUAUUUGCACAUCAAAGUCCAAGCUGAUUAAAUAUGUCAAGUGCUGUGAAUUUUCUUUACUUUUUGUUUGACAUGUAGAAGAACAGCUUCAAAAAUCAAGAAAAUCAACCACCUCAAAUGGAACUCUUCGAAAAGGACAUACAAAUGGGUAGGUUACAAGUUUACUGCACUAGGGUUUUAAGGCCAGAGGUUUGUUCAGAGAAUGUGAUUGAUUGACAGUAUCUCUUGCUGGGAUUCCUAGAACAAUAUUAAUUUUUCACCAAAAGUAUAGUCUCCGAUCUGGAGACGUUUCUCCUUGCUGAGGGACGUUUCGUGAAACGUCCCUCAGUGGCGAUGAGCGAGGAGAAAUGUCUGCCGUUCGCAGGCUACCAAAAGUAAAUCUUAAGCUUGAGGUGUUUUGUGCCUUUACAUUUAAUUAUGAUCAUGUGACAUUCCAUGUGACCAAAAAUUGAAAAUGAAGGAAAUUGGUGAAUUGGUGGCAAAUAUACUUUGUUUGGAUAAAUGAAUUGGAAAAAAUAAAUUGGUAUUUCUAAACAUGCAGCACCAAAGCUUGUACAUGUACAUACAUUGUAUGUGUGUUCUAAGAGGUUUUUUUGCAUGUAAACAUUCCAAAUUCCCUGAAGAUAAAAUGAAAUCUGCCUCAUUCUUAUUAUUCAUUGGACUUUGCAACAGAUGAGCAUUUUCAUAUAUAACUCAUUUAUUUUAUAACAAAAUUUCCAGACUAGCAAGCCAUCAAGACUGUAUUUUAAAUCCUGUUGACUUUGUGUACUUGUCCUGAGGCAGACUCUAAUUUUCUAACUUUCUUACUUUUAUUUUAAUAGGGUUUCAUCAAGCAAAAAUGGUACAAUAAGACAUAGUAGUAAUUCAGAUGAAAGACCUUUAUUUCAAGUAGAAUCUGACAGGUACUGUAAGUCAAAUGAAUACAAUGUUGCAGUGAUGUUAAUAGCUGAGAAGUAUAAGAAGUAAAAGUUAUUAAUUGACAGAAUUAUAGUAUUCUCUUCAGUCAUUAGUUAACAAAUAACUAUAGUUAAUAAUUAUUUGGCUGGUUGUUUUGUUUUUUUAACAGUGACGAGGAGCUAAAUGUCACCCAUUUUACCAAACCACCUAAUGUUUCUGUGACACAGAAUUCUAAGGUAAGUGGAGGUAUUUAGAAACGUAGCCCUGACUUCAAAAUUUGUUUUACACCACAUUCAUUUGAACAAAUAAUUAUUUAUUGUUAUAUUCUUUUGCAUUCAACCUUUUUUUAUUAGCCUCCUCUAUUAUCACUGACAUCAACAAAUACUUUCUUUUCAUCUUAUUAGAAUCUCGCAGACUGUACACAGCAGCUUUUAAAAGAUGGAUACAGGUUAGAGUGGCAAUCAUUUAUGUUUGUGUAACUUGUCGAAAAAACGUACGAAAGUGAUCGUCUUAUGGUGCACAAAUGUAGUUAGUCCUAAAACUUAAAGUAUAAUAAUUAUGUCUUCACAGUCAAUUAAUACCUGAAACCACAAAGGCUGAGCCAUGCAUGAUCAUUGUAUCAGUUCUCAUUGUUUUAACAUUUGAUCAUGAGGUUGAAACAUGUAUACAACUUGUACUGUCUGUCCAAGGCUCGAAAGAAACUUUAAUUCCCACUUGUCCAGUGGUUGCACCUAUUGCUUGCCCAUAGCCACUUCCUGCUCAUCUUAGUCCAUGAGUUUGGUAGAGGAUGACCUGGCUUUACCCUUGCCCCAGCAAGAAAGUCUACUUGUCCCGGACAACUAGACUGCAUGGGACUUUUUUCUAGCCCUGUUGUAGCUAAAACAUCAUGUAAAUAUAACUGUAUACUUAUCUUAGAGGGACCCUGACUUACUUUCUAAUGAUCAAAGAGAUAGGUUUUACUUUUUAAGGAGGUGUGCAUGUUGCAUCUUGGAUGCAGUCAUUGCUUUGCUUCAGCCAAUGAAAAUAUUUUAUUGCCACUUUUGUUUCCUAACUGACAACAGCAAGGCUCGAUUUCCAGGCACCUUUUUGCAUCCUUCUUCCAGAGACAGUUGGAUCACUGGUCUGUGCUGCUUCCACCCUUUUUUAAUUCAUAGUGAUCCUUAGCCAUGUUGUGUGUGAAGAAACAUGCAAAAUGGCUGGUAAUCAAUCCUAAAAAACCACAGUGUGUAAUUUUCUUGGUUGUGGUCCUAUUCAUUUUUGGAAAAAUGAUUUGUUUUUAUUCACAGACUAGAUGAAAUAUCUGAUGAAGAGGACUUAGAUCUUAUACCACCACGGCCUGUGGAUGAUAGAUGUCAAUGCUGUGGAGCUGUGACGUUGCAGGGCUGUGUCAUUUCCUGA